AUGCAUCUGCGCAACGAUGAAGCCGCCUUGCUUCUUCUAAGACGAGGCGCUGAUCCAGCAUCCAUCCAUCUCGAAACGCUACGAGCCCUCGUGAACGAUCUGCCCAGAACCUUUAUCAAGCUCCUUGAGAUGGGCAUGUACAAAGACGAACACGUAUAUGGCUACAACGCGGCCUUGCACCUCGCGGCCUCCCAUGGAGCGGAGGAGUUGAUGAAGAUACUGCUUCAACGCACCGACAUCGAUGUUGAUCAUGUCCUCGUCUCCAAUUCAACCGAAGGAUCGCCCCUCUGCGUAGCCGCUCUUCGAGGACACGUCAAGGUCGUACAACUGCUACUUUACCAGGGCGCAACGGUCGAUAUCAGAGAUGGUGCCAAGGGUGACGGUCAAACGCCUCUCAUGCUGAAUCUUGGCUCCAUACUCUGGUACAGGAAUGAGCGGAUCAUCAAGGCUCUGGUUGACGCUGGGGCAGACGUUAGUGCUAGGGAUGAACUGGGCCAGACGCCGCUGAUGUACCUAUGCGGCUAUGAAUACGCGGAGUCCAUAUGA